CUUUAAUGCACGCAUGCUCUGUAAAAUAGUAUAUACUUAGUAAACAGAGAAAUUGAUCGUGCGUCCACUGUCAAGCACGCAGCAUAAUCGAGGUUUCUACUCUCUUAAGGAAUAGAUAUCAAAAGAACGAAUUGGACGAGACAUGGAGAAAGGGAAUGAGCCACCAACCAGUACAACAGAUACAAAUCAGAUGGCCCCACCAUAUCCUGGACCAUACCCACAGGGUGGACCUCUACCUGAUGGCUACUAUGUAGGAGGAGCACCACCACCUUCAUACCCUGCUGGACCACAAUAUCAGCCUCCUCCAGCUUAUCCAGCUGGGGCUAUGACCACACAAGCCUACUACCCUGGGCAAACACAACCUCCUGUCAUUGUCCAGCAACAGCCAAAUGUGGUAGUUGUUGGGCAGUAUGGUGGAGUUCCUCCUCCAGAUCAUCAAGCUCUUGCUUGGUUUGCUUGUCUGUGCUGUUGCUGGCCUGUUGGUCUCGCAGCUAUCAUCAAGUCUAAUGAAGUCAGAAAUGCUUGUGCUAGAGGAGAUUAUGCAACUGCACGGAUGGCAUCCCAGUCUGCACGUACAUUAUCAAUGGUGUCAAUUGGUUUGGGAAUAGCGUUCCUUGUUCUCUACAUCAUUCUUCUCGUGGUUUGGCUGAUACCACUUCUUGCUUACUCAAGUUCUUACAACAAUUAUAACUAAGGCAUAUUUCACCAGCACAUUUUUUUUUGUUCAUUGAAUUGGUCACUGUCAUCACAAAAACUGUCAACCAUGAACUCAAUCUUACAAUAGUAAUAUUAUCCAUUUUACAAAAAGCACUAUAGUGCAAAAUGUUAGUUUCACCCUAAAUAUGUGUACCAGUCUCAAUAUUGAUAAUUUUAAUUAGCUUAAAAAGUUGUAUUGGAAUCAAAACUCAAUAAGAAUUAUAUGUCAACAACAAGAAUUUAAAUCUAUUGACAAUAUAAUUAUUAGUAGAAAGAAUUACAGAAAAUUGUAGAAAUUAUUGUAUUAUUAUUAUUUUGUACAUGAAUGUUUUACUUUGUACGAAUCACCAUUGUUAUGAAAUGUACAAGUAAUUUUAAUUAAAAGUACUUUGGACCAUUUAUAAA